AUGGAAAAAGCAAAAAAGGUUGUGCGCAAAAGAAAACUCGUUAAUAAUGAAGAAGAUAAUAAUAUUAAAAAAAGACCAAUUAAGAAGACUAAAACCCAGAAAGAGCCGACAGAAAUAGAAGAAUAUAAUAAUGUAGAUUUAAAAGAUGACGAUACCGUAAAAAUUUCUAAUAAUGUGUGGAAUGAAGCUGAAAUGCUCUCUUAUAAAGAAAAAGUGCCUAAACAGUUAGCAGAAAGUUUUAUUACAUUAUUAACUGAAGGCUGUACUUUACCAUUCAUUGCAAGAUACCGUAAAGAAGCUAUAGGGCAUCUCCUACCCGACAGACUACAAGAAAUAUAUGAAAGUUAUCAAUGUAUUAAUCAUUUUAAAAAGAAAGUUAAGUCUGUAUUAGAAACAUUAAAAAAGUGCAAAAAACUAACACCUGAAGUUGAAAAGAGUAUAUUAAAUGCAAGAAAUUUGUCAGAGCUUGAUUUAGUGUAUUCACCUCUUAAAUCACAUUCAUUGUCACUUGCUGAAAGAGCCAGGAAUCUUGGUCUUGAGCCGUAUGCAAUCAAAGCAUUGAACGGUGAAUACAUUGAUUUACAAUUACUAUGCAAUGGGAGUGAUGAAUUGUCUACUGUUGAUAAAGUGGAAACUCACAUUACUCAUAUUAUUGCUGAUGUUAUUUAUAAGGAUACAAGAGUACUAGAGGAAAUGAGGAAAUUAAAAGAGGAAACAAGGUUUACAUUACAAAGCAGCAGAACGAAAAGUUCUACAAAAGAUACAAAGAAAGAUGCAAAUAAGAAAUAUGAUACUAAAUCAGAUCCAGACACAUAUAAGUUAUAUUUUGAAUGGAAGUGUCCUGUACAGUUUGUGAAGAGUUAUCAAACACUGGCUAUCAAUAGAGGAGAAGAUGAAAAGAUAUUGUCCGUUAAAGUUAUUGUGCCAGAUUGGUUUUAUAAUAAAUUAGAAAGGUUUUGCUUACCACUAUGGGGUAGUAACCAUUGGGUCCGCAAAGGACUCCAAGAUGCAUACAAUCGUCUGAUAAAGUCUUGGCUGUCGAGACAAGUACGGUCAGACCUGACCACAGCCGCUGAAAAGGAGGCAAUUAAAACUUUUACAACGAAUUUAGAGAAAUAUUUAUUAACAGAACCUAUUAAAAAUAGAAGAAUAGCUGGCCUUGACCCUGGCUUUAAAGCAGGAUGUAAGGUCGGUAUUAUAGAUGUAAAUGGCGCGAAGUUGGAAGCGUGUACGAUAUACCCGAAUUUGAGGCAGCCAAACAAAAAUGACCCGGCAGCUAAGCAGUUGCUAGAUUUGCUCGAAAAACAUGGAGUAGAAUUAAUAGGUUUGGGUAAUGGUACAGCGUGUCGGGAAACUGAGACGUGGUUGAAGAGCCAUCACAUAUCUGAUGGUAUACCAAUCAUCAUUGUACCAGAGCAGGGGGCAUCUAUUUACUCCAUUAGUAAGGAAGCUCAGAAGGAACACCCAAAUAUGGAUCCAAACUUGAUAUCUGCUUUAUCGAUCGCAAGGAGAGUACUUGAUCCUUUGGGAGAACUUAUUAAGGUGGAUCCAAAGAACCUAGGCGUAGGCUUGUACCAACACGACAUACCCCCGAAGAUGUUAGAAGCGGCCUUAGACAGUGCAGUUGAAAAGGUCGUUAGUUUGGUGGGAGUCGAUAUAAACACCGCUUCUCAAGCUAUGCUUAGACGAAUAUCCGGCCUAAACGAUGGCAGAGCGAAAAAAAUAAUAUCUUAUAGAGAAGAAAAUGGUUCUUUCAUUACACGUGCUGAAAUUUUAAAAGUCUCCGGUAUUGGAAAGAUUACGUACCAGCAAUGUGUUGGUUUUUUAAAGAUCGUUGGUGGAAAAGAACCCUUGGAUAGCACUAUUAUCCAUCCAGAAAGCUAUGGAGUGGCUAAAUUAUUCGCUAAGAAAAUCGGUGUGGAUAUAAAACAUUUGACUCGGCCGGAUUUUCCGGAUUUAGUAGAGCGAAAAAUUUUGACAAUUGACAUUACAUCGCUCAGCAAGGACUUGGGCACAGAUGUCAGUACACUAGAGUUAAUUGUCACCGCCUUUAAACAAAAAUCCUACGAAGACAAUGUUAUUACAUUCUGUAGACCUGUGUACUCUGUGUCAGUGCAAAGUAACGAACAGUUGGUUACGGGGACGACUUUGACAGGUGUAGUCCGGAAUGUGGUACCGUUCGGCUGUUUCGUGGACUGUGGUGUCGGCGAUAACGGCUUAAUACAUAAGAGCCAACUAGGAAGUUAUUCGCCCAAAUUAGGCGAUAGAGUGGCUGUCACCGUCAUAAACACGCCGAAACCGAAGAAAUUACAAUUAAAAUUGGAUAAAAUACUUGAUUGA